UCAAAGAGCAUAGGCUUGUUAAGUUGUUGUGUGUUUUUUUUUUGUUUUCGUUCAUUCAUAGGCGAGGAAUUAUUAUUCAAACAUUAAAUUAGAUUGUAAAAAAUCGAAAGCCGGAUGCAAUCAAAAUGACUUCAAUCAUCAAGUUACAAGCGCUUUCGGGUGCAAUGGAUGAGUCGCCACCAUGCUAUUUACUACAGAUUGAUGAAGUGAAAAUUCUAUUAGAUUGUGGUUGGGAUGAAAAAUUCGAUCCAAAUUUCAUAAAGGAAAUCAAACGACAUGUACACACAAUAGAUGCUAUUUUGAUUUCAUAUCCCGAUCCCUUACAUCUGGGCGCUCUACCGUAUUUGGUUGGGAAAUUGGGCUUGAAUUGUCCUAUAUAUGCUACAAUUCCUAUCUACAAAAUGGGGCAACUUUUCAUGUAUGAUACAUUUAUGUCACACUACAAUAUGUACGACUUUGAAUUGUUUUCACUGGACGAUAUUGAUUCUGCUUUUGACAAAAUUAUACAAUUGAAAUAUAAUCAAAGUGUUUCACUGAAGGGAAAAGGCUACGGAAUCACUAUAACACCACUUGCUGCAGGGCAUAUGAUUGGUGGAACGAUAUGGAAAAUUGUAAAAAUCGGUGAAGAGGAUAUUGUGUAUGCCACUAACUUUAAUCACAAAAAAGAGCGUCAUCUAAAUGGAUGCGAAUUGGAAAAAAUGCAGCGUCCAUCGCUUUUAAUAACCGAUGCAUACAAUGCGAAUUACAAUCAAGCUCGGAGGCGAGCCCGUGAUGAAAAAUUGAUGACGAACAUUUUGCAAACGCUUCGAAAUGGCGGUAAUGUAAUGGUAACUAUUGAUGCAGCCGGCCGAUUACUCGAAUUGGCUCACAUGCUGGAACAACUUUGGAAAAAUAAAGAGAGUGGCUUACUUGCUUACUCUUUGGCACUAUUGAACAAUGUCGGUUACAAUGUGGUGGAAUUUGCAAAGUCUCAAAUCGAAUGGAUGAGUGACAAACUGAUGAAAAGCUUUGAAGGAGCACGAAAUAAUCCGUUUCAAUUUAGACAUUUGCAACUGUGUCAUACUCUAGCUGAAUUACAAAAAGUACCAUCUCCAAAAGUGGUUCUCUGCAGUACCACAGACAUGGAAAGUGGAUACUCAAGAGAAUUGUUUAUUCAGUGGGCAUCUAAUCCAAACAAUAGCAUCAUAAUUACGUCACGGUCAUCACCGGGUACCCUUGCCAGAGAUUUGUUAGACAAUGGAGGAAACGGUCGAAAAAUUGAAAUUGACGUUCGCCGUCGAGUUGAUAUCGAAGGAGCUGAACUAGAUGAAUACAUGAGAACAGAGGGCGAAAAAAAUUCGGCCAUGAAACUGAUUAAGCGAGAUGUUGAAGAGCCAAGUUCCGACAGUGAUGAUGAUAUUGAAAUGAAUGUUAUAACUGGAAAACAUGAUAUUGUUGUGCGGCCACAGGGUCGAGCAUCAACUGGAUUCUUCAAAUCGAGUAAAAAACAAUAUGCCAUGUUUCCGUUUCACGAAGACAAGAUACGCAUCGACGAUUACGGUGAAAUUAUACAGUUGGAAGAGUAUAAAUUGGCCGAUGAUAUUCAUCCCCAAUCAUCAGGACACGAUGAUAGCAAAGAGAAUGGUCAAAUCAAAAUCGAAAAUAUCAAUGAACAAAGCAAAUCAACUGAAAAUGGUAUGUCACUGUUGGAAAAGCCUACGAAAUGUGUUAGUAGUCGAAAGACAAUUGAUAUCAAUGCACAGGUUCAAUUUAUCGAUUUCGAGGGUAGCUCUGAUGGAGAAUCACUUUUGAAAAUAUUGUCUCAACUUAGACCACGGCGUGUGAUUGUUGUCAGAGGUACGCCGGAAAAUGUCAAUCUAAUAGCUAAGCACUGUAAACAGAGUAUAGGAGCACGAGUAUUUACACCCGCAAAGGGUGAUAUAAUUGAUGCAACAACAGAAAAUCAUAUUUAUCAAGUAAAACUCACAGAGGGCUUAGUUGCAAAACUUCAAUUUCAAAAGGUAAAAGAUGCCGACGUUGCAUGGAUUGAUGCCAAGAUUCGAGCACGAAGUAAGAAAAUUCUGCCAUCCCUGAAUGCAAAAGCAACCAAUGGUUCCAAUACAAAUGAUAAUGCUAUGGAAAUCGAUAACGAAGAAGACGAUAACGAUGACGAAGACGAAGACGUUACAACAAAUGGAGAAGUUUCCGUUCUACCGUCAACUGAUAACAAAUGGGCACUGGAACCAAUUAAUGAUGAAGCUGUCGAACCACACAAAUCAACAUUCGUUAAUGAGCUGAAGAUCAGUGAUUUUAAACAAGUACUAUCGCGGAAUAACAUCCAAUCGGAAUUCUCUAACGGAGCAUUAUGGGUUGCAAAUAGCACAAUUGCCAUUCGCAGAAUUGACACUGGAAAGCUAUGCAUGGAAGGAUGUAUAUCCGAUGAGUAUUACAGAGUUCGAGAUUUGUUAUACGACCAAUAUGCAAUUAUUUAAAAUCCAUACAAUGUUUGCAGACUCAGUUUAUUUUGGGAAUUUUACGAGUUGUUGUUACUAGACGCAUAAAAUUUGACGACUUUUUGGCAGUUCGUUCUUUCCUGAAGAAGAUAAAAGAAUUUUUAUUUUACCAAGAUUUCUUUUUUAUCUUUAUUUUUACCUUGGUGAAGACAUAUUGACAUGGUACAAUCCAAAUUUUUCACUAUUUUUUUGGAAAAUAAACACAACAAAGCGUAUAUUUCAAUGAUCUUAAUAAA